UAUGUUUCACCAAUAUGUGAAUAGGUAACUAGCCAUAGGCAAAAACGCAUACUUCUUCCAUAAAAUCAAUUUGAACCAAUAUUAUAAGUCCCUCUUGCUCAUUUUAUUCUUAGAUACAUGAAAUCAACCCGUUUUCGAGAUUUGAACAUUUUGUGAGUUUCGUGACCGAAGGCUCCAUCAUGUCCUCUUGUACGACAGACGUUAUUUGUCAGUUUGAGGAAAUUCUUUCAGCUUUCUCAAUAGAAAGUCGACUUAUCUCCUUUAAUUAAUUGCAUAUGCGUAUAGAAAAGUCUGGGUUCCAGCAUAUUUCAUUUCUCACUUCAAGAUUUCCCAAGGUUGAUUAUCUUCGUCUUGGUGAAUGUCAGCAACAUUUUGUUCAAAAAUGGUUGGACUUUAAAUCAAAUAAAUGUCAUUCCCCUCCACAGCCUACCAUCCUUACAGCUCAGGUUUGCCCUGUCUAUACGUUAGGCAGGAGAGAUACAAAAACGAAUUUUCAUAACUCCAUUGAUGGAGUCAAAGUCAUCAAAGCACUAAGAGGCGGUCAAACAACGUAUCAUGGUCCAGGACAAUUACUUGUGUAUCCAAUAUUGGAUUUAAGUGCCUUUCAUUUGAGUCCUCGAAAAUACGUUUCUAAGCUUGAGGAAGCAAUUAUACAGACUUGCAGGCAUUUUGGAAUGACGACGGCCCACACGAAUGAGCACACAGGAGUUUGGCUAACGGAUGACGAAAAGAUUGCUGCUAUAGGUAUUCAUUUACGAAGGUAUAUUACAAGUCAUGGAUUAGCUCUUAAUGUAUCUACUGAUUUGGAGAAAUUCAAAAAGAUUGUUGCUUGUGGCUUGCAGGAUAAAACGACAACAAGCUUUCAAGCCCAAGGAGUAAAUGUUGAACUGAAAACAGUCGAGCAAGUACUUGUUCAGCAUUUGAUUGAUGCUUUAUUGAAAUAAAAAAAUAAAAGACAAAAAAAUAGAAAUUCGACAUUCAUUUUAUCUUCUGCAAAAUGACAUUAUACCUAUUUUAGUCGUGUGAUAUGAGCACUCCUUUUCUUGUAAAGAUGAAGUUUUUACGUACAUCCUUCUCCAUCUAAUUUAAAUAAAUUUAUGGAAAGGGAAGAGCUUGCCAAAAUGAAAAUGUUGGACGACGGGGUAUUUACUGAGAACCUCAACAUCGUACAUCUUCAACAAUCCCUGAUUUAGUUAGUUAGAAAAAACAUUUUGAACCAACGAAAAAUUUACUUACUUGAUUGACUUUCGACCAUGAAGGAACAGCUGUUAUGUCGUAAAGUAUGGGGGAAUGCUCAUAAAAUGGACCUUUUUUCAUAACGUUAAUAAAUUCAAUUGCACUGAAAUAUAAAUUAGAUUUU